UUCACUAACCCCUCUCUGCUUCCAACCAAUUCCCUUCUCUCGAGCAAUAUAUCAAACACCUUGUCUACAAUUUUUCCAUUUCCUUUUUUGCAUCUCAUUUAGCCACACCAGCAGUUUUUUUUCCCUUCUCUCGACAAUGCCAAUGGUUGACGGCAACCAUAAUGGUGACCCAAUGGACGGUCAUGAUCAAUCUACCGACUGUCACCGUCAUCAGCAACAACAUCCUCGAGAUCCACGUGAUCGUAGUCUCCCAUCUUUAAUGCUGUCUUCUUGUUAUCCAAUUGCUCUUAAGUUCAUGGACGUGUCUUACAGGAUCAAACUUGAUCAGAAUAAGAGCAAAGGAUCGAGUAGUAAGAUCGGACGGUUGUUAACCCACCAUCAUCAUGGUGCUGGAGGUUCUGGGCCCGGUAAUCAAAUUCAAGAACGUACAAUCUUGAAUGGGAUAACGGGCAUGGUGUCCCCAGGUGAAAUCCUAGCCGUUCUUGGGCCAUCAGGAAGUGGGAAAUCAACGUUUCUUAAUGCAAUAGCAGGUAGAAUUAAAGGAAAUAAUUUCACAGGAACAGUAAUGGCAAACAACAAAAAGCUCAACAAACAGACACUUAAACGCACCGGAUUCGUCACUCAAGAUGAUAUACUUUAUCCUCAUCUUACAGUCCGUGAAACCCUAAUUUUCUGUUCUUUACUUCGCUUGCCUAAAUCAUUACUGAAAAAAGAAAAGAUUUCCAUAGCUGAGUCGGUGAUAUCCGAGUUGGGUUUAACGAAAUGUGAGAACACGAUCAUCGGAAAUACUUUUAUACGUGGAGUCUCUGGUGGUGAAAGAAAACGAGUGAGUAUAGGUCACGAGAUGCUAAUAAACCCUAGUUUACUCAUCCUUGACGAACCCACGUCCGGUUUGGAUUCAACGGCGGCUCACCGGUUGGUUUCGACGUUAUCGUCAUUGGCGCAAAAAGGGAAGACGGUAGUGACCUCCAUGCACCAACCUUCUAGUCGAGUUUAUCAGAUGUUUGACUCAGUGCUGGUUCUGAGUGAAGGAAGGAGUUUGUAUUUUGGUAAAGGGAGUGACGCCAUGGCGUAUUUUGAAUCGGUUGGGUUCUCGCCGUCUUUUCCGAUGAAUCCUGCUGAUUUUCUGCUUGAUCUCGCUAAUGGUGUUUGCCAAAUUGAAGGUGCAAGUGAAAGAGAUAAACCCAACAUAAAGCAAUCUUUGAUUGCCUCUUACAACAGUUUGUUAGCUCCAAAGGUAAAAGCUGCCUGCAUGGAGAUCACACCAUCAAGAGAGACCGUUCUUACCGAAAGCCAUUCUUCAAAAGAAAAUCGAUGCUGCCAUACAAUCGGGUUAUCUGCUUGGUUCUACCAAUUCAGCGUUCUUCUUCAAAGAAGCCUCAAAGAACGCAAGUAUGAAACCUUUAAUACUCUUAGAGUCUUCCAAGUGAUAACAGCUGCAAUUUUAGCAGGUCUAAUGUGGUGGCAUUCGGAUUAUCAAGACAUUCAAGAUCGAUUAGGUUUCCUCUUCUACACCGCCAUCUUUUGGGGAGUUUUCCCUUCUUUCAACUCGGUUUUCGCCUUUCCCCAAGAACGAGCUAUUUUUAUGAAGGAAAGGGCGUCCGGUAUGUACACACUGUCUUCCUAUUUCAUGUCGAGAAUCGUAGGAGACUUACCAAUGGAGCUUAUCCUGCCCACGGUGUUUCUCACCGUGACUUACUGGAUGGCCGGGUUAAAACCCGAUUUGGUAGCAUUCCUCUUAACUCUGCUAGUCUUGCUCGGUUACGUAGUCGUCUCUCAAGGGCUUGGCCUCGCGUUAGGUGCAGCUAUAAUGGACGCCAAGCAAGCGUCAACUAUAGUUACUGUGACAAUGCUAGCAUUUGUACUAACGGGAGGGUUUUACGUCCAUAAGGUUCCGUCUUGUAUGGCUUGGAUGAAAUACGUUUCGACCACUUAUUACAGUUAUAAGCUGCUUAUAUACGUGCAGUACGGCGACGGAAAGCAGCUUUCGUCGUUGUUGGGUUGCUCGUUGGAUGAUGUUCGCGUGAGCGAUAAAGCGAAUUGCAAGUUUCUUGAACAAGAUGUUGUAGGACAAAUUAGGCCUGCAAUAUGUGUCCUUGUGUUUGCGUUCAUGUUUGUGGGGUAUAGGUUAUUGGCAUACCUUGCAUUAAGGCGCAUUAGAGCUUGUUAACAGAAAGGUUUUUCUGUUGUUUCUUCAUAUGUUAUAGAGCUGCCUUCUAACUGUAAUUCUUCAAAUGAACAAAGAAAAUAGAAAAAAAGAAGAAGAAGAAAAAAAGAAAUAAAUUUUCUUCAUGCUUCAUGUACUAAAAGUUGAUGGUUACUCCAGUAAGUUGGAGAAUUUGUUGUACUCGCAUCAACUGUAAAUUAAUUCUAAAUUUAAGCACCACUUUGUUAUUAUUUA